CGAGCUCUGGUAGGCUUACAAUGGUACGGCCAGCAUCUUGCAGCACAAUGGUUGCAAGGUGGUGAGCUGGGAGGGAAGAGUGAUUCAGCAUCAGCAAACCUCAGUUUCCGUCCAUCCCUGCUUUUUUUUUUUUUUUUUUUAGUUGGUUUUCUUUCUUCAUCGCUCCUUCGUCUUUAAGAAAGGAAAAGAAAAGAAAAAACAAACAAACAAACAAACAAAAAAACGCCUUUUUGCUCAUCCGCAUGAACGUGUUUUAUUACGCCUCCAGCGAUGGUCACUGCGAUGUUUCUCGUCGGGAUGUUUUGAAAGGGACUGUCUCCGGACUGGGAUCGUCAUCAGCUGGCACGGAAUGGUAUUUAUGAGCAGACAUUUCUUAUAUAACUGCAGCCAACCAGUCCUGGAUGUAAAGAUAGCCUUUUGUCAGGUGUGUGUUCCUUACAGGUAAAAAAGGGUUUUGGCAAACAAGUGGAUGUGUCAUAUAUUGCCAAACAUUACAACAUGAGCAAAAGCAAAGUGGACAACCAGUUCUACAGUGUGGAAGUGGGAGACUCCACCUUCACAGUCCUAAAGCGUUACCAGAAUUUAAAGCCCAUUGGUUCUGGAGCACAGGGAAUUGUCUGUGCGGGCUAUGAUGCUGUCCUGGACAGGAAUGUAGCCAUAAAGAAACUGAGCAGACCCUUCCAGAACCAGACCCACGCCAAGAGGGCAUACCGGGAGUUGGUGCUCAUGAAAUGUGUCAAUCACAAAAAUAUAAUCAGUUUAUUAAAUGUCUUCACGCCACAGAAAUCAUUAGAGGAAUUUCAAGAUGUGUACCUUGUGAUGGAGCUUAUGGAUGCCAACUUGUGCCAGGUGAUUCAGAUGGAGCUUGACCAUGAGAGAAUGUCCUAUCUGCUCUACCAGAUGUUAUGUGGCAUCAAACAUCUGCACUCAGCCGGCAUUAUUCACAGGGAUCUCAAACCAAGCAAUAUAGUGGUAAAGUCUGAUUGCACCCUGAAGAUCCUGGACUUCGGUCUGGCUAGAACCGCAGGCACUAGUUUCAUGAUGACCCCAUAUGUGGUGACGCGAUACUACAGAGCCCCAGAGGUCAUACUGGGAAUGGGAUACAAAGAAAAUGUGGAUAUUUGGUCGGUGGGAUGCAUCAUGGGAGAAAUGGUGCGCCACAAAAUCCUUUUCCCUGGCCGGGACUACAUUGACCAGUGGAACAAGGUGAUAGAGCAGCUGGGCACGCCCUCUCCAGAGUUCAUGAAGAAGCUGCAGCCCACGGUGAGGAACUACGUGGAGAACCGGCCAAAGUACGCGGGCCUCACCUUCCCCAAGCUCUUCCCCGACUGCCUUUUCCCUGCUGACUCUGAGCACAACAAACUCAAAGCAAGCCAGGCCAGAGACCUGCUGUCUAAGAUGCUCAUCAUCGACCCUGCUAAGCGGAUAUCAGUGGACGAGGCCUUACAGCACCCCUACAUCAACGUGUGGUACGAUCCAGCUGAGGUGGAGGCGCCUCCACCUCAGAUUUAUGACAAGCAGCUGGAUGAACGAGAACACUCCAUAGAUGAGUGGAAAGAAUUAAUCUACAAAGAGGUGAUGAACUUUGAGGAAAGAACGAAGAAUGGCGUUGUGAAGGGACAGCCUUCACCUUCAGGUGCAGCCGUGAACAGCAGCGAGAGCCUCCCUCCCUCCUCCUCUAUCAACGACAUCUCCUCCAUGUCCACCGACCAGACCCUGGCUUCAGACACUGACAGCAGCCUGGAGACCUCCGCGGGACCCCUGGGGUGCUGCAGGUGACUAUCCGCCUGCCUGCGCAACCCCAUGUUCUUCCGAAGGUGAAGAACCCAAGAGAUUUGAGCGACAAAAUUGAAACGAUGUUUAAAAAAAUAAAGGAAAAAAAAGCAACAAAAAAAAAAGAUCAAAAGGAAUAUAUUCUGAACAAAAACAUAAGCUACUGAAACACAGUCUGACAUGAUGAAACCCAAAGCUUGUGCAUUAUCAUUCAAAAAGCAGCAGUGGCAUUAGACUGAAGAUAAUGAGCUGAGAUAUAUGCUACUGAUCCUCUAGUUGCUUUGCUUAUGACCCCUCACCCCCGAAACUCAUACACACACACAUACACACACAUGCAGACAUGCACACGUCUUGUAUAUGGCAUCCAAACAAAAAAAAAAACAACCCGCGCCUCCUGUAAAAUGCAUUUUGGCCGGCUGCUGGUUCCCCCAAAUUACUUCCGCAAGCAUCUGUGGCUAAUCGUUGUGGCAAGGUGGGCUGCCAAUGUCUUUUGAUUACAAAAGAAAUUUCCCUUUUUUCUGCAUUCAACUCUGAACCUCAGCUCAUUUCCUGAGUCACUCCCACCCAACAUGAACUUUGAAAUGUAACUUUGCCUGUACUGUUCACUGGGUCUUGUAUAUCUUCAGGGAAUGUGCAGUCGCUCUCACCCCGCAGCUACUUGUAAAUAUUGUAAUUCUGUACAGCUGAAGGGCAGACAGACAUGGGACUGAAGGCCAGUACACUGGAAGGUUUUGUUUGUUUGUUUUUAUUGUUUUGUCUGACUAGCGCUCACCUUGCCACAUUACUUCUCUCCACCUCGGUUGCCCCUCUUCUUAUUGCCGUAGUUGUGCAUGAUUAGACUAAAACUGCGCAAAUCACACUGUAUGCUGGAGAGAGAACAUAAACAGUCUGUACAGAGUCUUAUAUUUAUGUGCUAUGUAAACUAACUUCAUCACGGACAUUAGAAGGCGGGGUCUGGUCUCAGUAGGACAGGGGGUGUGUCUGUGAAACACGGGCGAGCUGAAAAGAUGGAAAAAUCAGGAUCGAAACGGUCGAUGUUUUCAGAAAUAAUUUGCAGUGGUGAAUAAUCUCCAUGCCGUUUCCCCUGGUGGCGUAUAAGCGGCCCCACCGCCGCCAUCAUCCCAUGUGCUGACCCACGACGUUGCACGUCACUGUAUAAACCGUCGCGGUUGAAGGAAGUGGAAAUAUUUCACUGUGGUUCCACCACAAAAGCGGCUUCUUCCAAUUAUUUGACUCCUUAAAAACCAUUCAAUGAGACGCUGGUGAAACAGUGCAGAGGUUUAUGGGCAAACAAGGAGUGUUAACUUUGAAGCUGCGACUUCACCUGACAAAUAAACACGCUCUUAUUGUUACCGCACACAAUAAUACUUUAAAGAGGCAGCAGGAUAGGAUUCAACUGCCAUAACUCCUGGCUGGAUGGCUCAUCUAUUUAUUUACACCAGUGGGAGGAAUCUGAAUAUGGCUAGUUUAAUUUGGAGUAGGCUAAAGGACUCCAGCUGCACCAAAAAAAAAGAAGAAAAAAAAGUCCCUAAACCACAGUUUGGUGAAAGGAUGUGGGAAGCCCUCGUUCAGCCUCCAUUUUUCCCCCCAGGAUUGCUCUAGUUACUUAGCCUCUCAAAUCGUGAGCUCUUUUAGCUCUUUUUUCAGCUUCGUCUCCAGGGCAUGCGCCGCUGCGCUGCUCAGCCUCACUCUGCUCAGCCUCACUCUGCUACAUUACACUGCAUCACCUGAGUGAUGUCGGCCCCUCCACCUUCUUCAAAUCGGACAAAAAUCGCUGUCAAACGUUGUGCUGUGUUUGUGCUGGUUUAUGCAGCAACAUGUUUUGUUUGUGCUGCUGUGAUUUUAAAGAUAUACAGAGGUCAUCAAAGGUCAACCAGCCCCUGCACUGUUAUGAAAUCAAACAAAAUUGGUGAACAGAAAUUUAGCUCUUUAUGAUAUUAAGAAUAAUGAUAAAUAUCCAAAGUGACAGUGAUGAAAUUGUGUUUAUUUGAUAUUGAGGCAAAAUGGCAAAUUAUUUAAAUUCAGUAAUUUAAUGGGCACUAAAUAAUGUCACAACAAUGGCAAAUGGGGUGGACUGCACAGCAUGAACUAAGGCGACUGAUAACUCCUGGCUAAAGCCAUUGUUUGUUAAAUAAAUUGUCAAAAUAAAAAUGCAGCAGGCUGUCUCCACUAUACAUAUCGUCACAAAUCAUACUUAUAACAGUAGAAAGGUGUGGAGAAUUGCUGAUUAGGUGGCGUCUGCCUGUAUAUAGCCUCAGUCUCAGCAGCACAACAUAAUUGUUUUCCUGCGCUCUGUGCACAUACAAAAAUCCUGACUUCGAACAGCUACUUUGUUAACACUCCUGAAGCCAGUAGGUACCACAGAGAAGAGGGCGACUGAGGUUGGCGUCUCCAGAAUAAGCUACGACUUGCUUGGCUUUCUGUUCAGGGUCUGGGUCAGGGCAAUCUUUCAAAAACAGGGUGCGACUUUGAAAUGUUUUGUGUUUUAAAAUGUUCAAAUAAUUUUUCUUAUUAUUAUUCUUUUCCACCUAAAGGAGGGCCACAGCUUGAGUUGGCUCCUUUAUACCACAAAUACACACAGUAGUGUUACAGGUUUUCUACAAGGCAUUUUUGAACCAUGUAAACACUCUAUUUGUUUCCGUAUCUUGACAUGUUCCUGGUCACUUAGUAGAAAUAUUGACACGUCUUACUGUUGACCCCCUCUUUUCUGAAUGUGAGCUGUUAAUCUUUUUAUUCAACAUCCCUCUGGACAAUUUUCUUGUGAUUAAAGGUGCUUUUGAUCCUGGUUAAUGUGCCUGAAGAAGAAAAAGGUUUUGCCGCACAAACUGCUUUUUUUUUUUUUUUUUCCCCUAACACCAGAUGUAGAAACAGAGUUUCACAAGCGCGCAUGUCAUUGUCCUGAAAUUUGACCAGCAAAAAAAAAAAAAAAAAAAAAAAAAAUAGAGAUAAUUUUAAGUUGUUACCUGAUCUGGGUUUUUACUGCAGUUGCUUUCAAGAAUGUCAAACACGAACUCGGUCGUGUGUUUUGGAAGCUGUUUGUGUGACUCUUGGUGUUCAGUCACAUUAACCAACGGAUUCAAAAACUUUACUGUCAAUCAUAAUCCAGAUUUUUGCGGAAAUAUUUCAGUGAUCUCGUGUGUUCAGAACCAACAACAUCUAUGUCUCUCAGACUUUUAAUCCGAGGUUGACUGACCUGUCAUUUAGCCAUAACAUUGCAAAUAGUGAAAAAAAGAAGAGUACACGUCACAGGUAAGGAUACGUCUUGUAGUAGUGAUCCCCGACCUACUGAUUUUCUUUCACACAAGCUCAACUGUAAAUAAUAACACUCCAAAAAAAUAAAAAAAUGCAAUAAACACUUUUAUUGUACUCAAACAAGGAGGCAAGCUACUGUGAGGGUCAGGCAAAGUGUCUCCAACAAUGAAACCCUGUAUAGCUCAUCUGAAUCAGGUGAUGUUCUUCAGUUCUUUUCCGACUCCUUCGCUCUUGAUUCUUUUGCUCCGUGCUGUUUUAAACAAGUCAUUCUUUUUGACAUUGUCAGGUUAAAGACAAAAAGAAACUGUAUCUGUUUCACGCUGAUCUCAAAGCUUCAGAAUAUAGCGUUUCGAGUAAAAGUCAAAAUUAAUGCAAAUGAAAACAGAACAAAACAAAAAAAAAAAAUAAAAAAAUUGAAAGCUGUUACUGUAAACACAACAUUUUAAAGGAACUGUGUAUGUACAAAUAGUAUAUGUAUGUGAUUGAAAAUAAAGAAAACCUUUGAUCUUGGA